AUGACGGACUGGAGUUUAGAGGAGGCUUGGAAGCGGACAGAUGAUAUUAUUGACAGUGUCCAGCAGCAACCCCCUCCGCUGAGAUCCACGUCUUGUGGGGAAAAAUCUCUUCAGGAAAAACUGUAUGACAUUUAUGUGGAGGAGUGUAAAAAGGAGCCAGAAGCAGAGGGCCUUCGAAGCAAUGUCAACUUGCUAAGGAAGCUUAUGAAGAGAGAGCCAUUGCCAUGUUUAGUGGUCAGCCUGUACCCAGAAAACCAGGGCUAUUCUCUCAUGCUCAAGGAUAAAGAUGGAGUCCUAAUAGAGCCCUAUCCAGGGCCAUAUGUAGGACAGAAAUUGCUUGAAUAUUUGGAUGCUGAAGAGUUACCUUCUUUUCUGAUUGAUAUCCUGGAAAAGUCUCCUGUGAAUGUUUUUCACAGUGGCUGUGUCAUAGCAGAAAUCCGAGACUACAGGCAGUGCAGUGACAUCUACCCUCCCGAGGAGCCUGCUGCAGAGGCUGCUGUGUCCUCUCCUGCUUGCCAAGUUCGGCAUAUUCUCUUACGUCCAACGAUGCAGUCUCUAGUAAGCGAUGUCGAGUCCAUAACAAGUAACAGCAGUCAGUGGACCCAGGAAGAAAAACUGGAGCUUGAGAGCCAACUGAUCUUAGCUACAGCAGAGCCACUGUGUCUGGAUCCCUCUGUUGCUGUCACCUGCACGACCAACAAAUUGCUGUUUAAUAAGCAGAAGAUAAUGACAGACUCCAUGAAAAAAUCCUUCACGGGUCGUGAGUGGCCCUGUCUAGACCUGGAGGAACAAAAGCAUGCAUGCACAUCUCCUCCUGAUGUUGAAACAAUGAUCGCUUGCAGAAAACGAGCAGAGAUCAAACCAGGUGACCCAUACAAUCUGAAGAUCCCUGAAGCAGGAAAGUGUGUAGAUACAUGGAAGCAGAAACCCUGUCAACUGGUGGCCCCUUCAGAGGUGGAUGUGCAGAAAUACGCUAAAGGGAAGCAGUCUGUGCCCCAUGGUGACUCAGCAUCCACAGCCGGGCCAGCUCCUGAGGUAAAAUGUGGUUACUUAUUUGAUUAUGAAAAGGGCUGUCAUCCAUGGGAAACAGAGCCAAGUGUGAUGCAGUCCCUUAGUGACCCAUUUUUUUCUUCUGAAAUAGGGUCACCGACAGAGGGCGGAUGUGAUAGUCAGGUGUUUCUUCCCCAAGUUACCCUAAGUGAUUGUUUACUUGGUUCUGUAGCUGGGGAAAAGAUUGAGUCUGGGAAGGCAACGGAUGUGUGCCAAGAGUCUGCCCAGAGCCAGGCUGAAUGCCUAAGCAAAGAGCUUCAGGGAUCCACUGACUCCAUCUGUCUUGGCCAGCCCUCCCAAGGGAUGAAGGCCAGUUCCCCAUCAGUGACAUCCCCAGUCUUAGAGACAAGAGUGAAGAGCCCAGCUCCAGUGUUCACACUACCCUCCACCUCAGGAAAGGGCUCUUCAGCACCCAGUCCUCCCUCAAUAGCAGUCAGAGGUAGGAAGCUUCCAAGACUUUCUCCUUCUCUCCAAUCAGCUAGUCUUCCUCAGCAAACUUUGUGGGGAAUGAGCAGUAUCAAUGCCCUUGCUGCAGCGGUCCAGACCUCUGCCAGCUCAUCAGAGAGCCAUCCAGUCACCCAGAGCCCCAGCAGUGGCACUGCCCAAAAUGUUAUCAAUUUGUUCAGCCAAGCACAGGGAGACCCUGGUUUGAAGAAAGGUUCACCCCAGGUGCAGAGCUUCCCCACUAGUGCCCCAGCAUUUACAGAAACCUCUUCCAAAGACGUUCUGUCUCUUAAAGGUCAGACCAGUGCACCACAGAACUCUGUGCAAUUAAUUCUAAAAAAUACUGCAGGCUCCAUAGCUGUCAAUCUUCCAUCUGGCACUGUCAUUUUUCGCCAAGAGUCACAAACAGAGCAGCCACAGCCAUGGUUGCAGCUACAGCAACCACACCAGCAGCCACAGUCAAGGCUACAGCAUCAACCACCUAGGGCUCCUAUCCCUCCACAGCCAGCACCACAAACUUACCAGGGCAGUCAGGGAGCUAGCGUUCAGCAAUGGGCAGUGCCAACUCAGCAAACUGGUCUCUUUAACCUUGCUGAGGCCAGGAGGGUUUGCCAACCUCAGACAACUGUGUGCCAGGUGGGUUCUAGCCAGAGUCCUGGGCAGAUCCUUCCUUCACAAAGUUUCCAGAAUCCUACUGCCCAGGUACAGCAGUUACAGGCUUGGGGCCAGAAUGUGCAGCUGAGAUUCCUGCCACAUAUAGUGUCUGUGCCCAGAGCAGCCACUCAGCAUAGUCAUCAGGGCCGUACAGGUGGCCAGCACAGCGAUACAGAGAGUGGAGGUCCACCAACCACGCCAAAGUCUUAA